AAAUUUUAAUUUUAGUAAUUGCAAAUUUCUAAUUUUGUAAUCUCAACUGUAACUAUACAGCUGCCGAAAAAUUUGAGAUCUACUGUACCUUAUAUUUACUCUCAACUUUGUAGUUUUCGUAAUAGGAAUUUUUUAUAUAUAAAUGUUGAUAUAAAUUUCCGAUUUAUCUUAAAAAUGGAGGUUACAAAAUCCAAUUUUGAAGAAUUGCUACCUUCAAUCAAAAAAGCCAUUGAUGAAUGUGAUUUUCUUGCUAUUGACACUGAACUCACUGGACUAUAUAAUGCUCGAUCUGAAGAACAUGCUUUUGAUACAAUGGAAGAAAGAUAUUCGAAGCUUCGAGAGCAAUGUUCAAAAUUCUUGAUCAUUCAGUUUGGCUUGAGUACCUUCAAAUAUCAUCCAGAAGAAAAAAAGUAUACUCAUUGUGAUUUUAAUUUCUACGUAUUUCCUCGACCUCACAUAAGACAAGCUCCUGAUCCAAGAUUUUUGUGUCAGGCAUCAAGUCUGCAUUUCCUUGCCUCUCAUGGUUUUGAUUUUAAUAAAACUAUCUAUGAAGGUAUUCCCUACUUAACAUUUGUUCAAGAAAAGAAAGUCCGAGAUUAUGUGACCAAGAAAUAUGAAAUGGAAAGAGGAUCUGUAAAGCAUACUCCUAAGGCAAAUGGGCAGAAGAAUGUUGAUGUUCCUGAUGAACAUAAAAAAUUCAUUGCUGAGAUAAAUGAACGUGUAGAUGCUUUCAUCUCAGAUGAAUCUCAGACUGCCAUGCAGUUGGAACCUUGCAGUUCCUAUCUGAGAAAGUUAAUAUAUGAAUCUGUACAGUCAAAACAUUCAACAGGCAUUGAAAUGUCAUCAAAAACAGCAGAAAGUGGUAAUCAGAGAUAUAUCACUAUAAUCAAAUGUUCAGACCAGGAUAAACUUGAUAAAUUACAAUGUCAAGAGAUAAAUGAUUUGGAUGAUGUGGAUGUAGCUGUUGGAUUCCGUAAAGUUAUGGAUCACAUCUCAGCAUCUAAGAAACUUGUUAUUGGUCACCAUAUGUAUUUAGAUAUUUUGCAUGUCAUUGAACAAUUUUUCUUUCACUUGCCUGAGGAAUUGUCAGAAUUCAAGAGCAUGGUUCGCAUGACAUUUCCUAACAUUUUAGAUACAAAGUAUGUGGCCUCAUCAGAAAGACUCCGACCGUUUUUAGAAUCAACACAAUUAUCUGAAUUAUUGAGGCAAGUGCAAGGCAGAUCAUUUGAGAUUCCUCCUAUUGGAGUUGCAGAUGGUUAUAAAGGCUAUGAUUUGACAUCUGAACAUUUUCAUGAAGCUGGUUAUGAUGCAUUCAUGUCUGGUCUAUGCUAUAUAGCUAUGACCAAGAAACUUGGUGCAAUGGUUACACCUAGUGUUGAAUAUGUUGAACCAUCAUCCAAAAUUUUAUCGCCUUAUGUAAAUAGAUUUUUUAUUCUACGACAUUUUGAUAUUAAUGGCUUGAAUUUAUGUGGACCAGAUCCUGAACCUAACAGAGAUAACGUGUUUCAUGUAAGUUUCCCUGAGGAAUGGAAGACAAUUGAUCUUGUGGAGUUGUUCCUUCCCUAUGGAAAUGUGUAUGUACAUUGGUUAGAUGAUGUAUCUGCUCUUGUCGCUUUAAAGAACCCAGGAAACACUGUUAAUGCCAAAACAGCAUUAUUAAAUAAAUCCAGUCGUGUAUAUCGUGUCAGAACAUACGCUGAAUACCAGAAAUGGGCCAAUCAGCAAUUAAACUCAAACAAACAAGAAAGUAAGAAACCUUCAUCACCACCAGGACCUAAAUCUACAGUCUCCAAACGAAAAAAUAGUGGAAACACAGAGAGCUCUGUUGCAUGCAGUAUGGAUUUAAUACCCGAAGAUGAUGAAAAUGAGGCAGAAACUGCAGAUGGUAAUUUAAGAUCUAAUUACCCCCAACAAAACGAAGAAAAGCUGUUGAGGAAGAAAACGAGAGCGAAGAGGUCUCGUCGACGGCGCGGGUCUUUGAAGAAGAGAACAACUGGUAAUAACAAAUGAUUGUAAAUACAUCAUAUAUGAUUUUUCUAUACCUGUGUAUGUUAAGUGGAACAUUAAGCAAGAGUGGUGUAAAGAAUUUUAUGUGUAAAUCACUUUUUGAAAUACAAUAUGAUUUUAGACAUUUUU